GCCACCAACAAACACACACAAACAGAGACACCUGUACACACACACAGACAUGUACAUACACACAUACACACACAUGAAUACACACACAGGCACGUACAGACACGAAUACACACAGAUACAUGUACAUACACAGAAAUACACACGCACAGACACAUGCACAUACACAUAUACAUACAUACACAAACACAUGUACAUACAUACACAGACACAUGUACACACAGACACAUGUAUUUACAUACAAACACACACACACACACACAUACAUGUACAUACACACAGACACAUGUACAGAUACACAUAUGUACAUAAACACAGACACAUGCACAUGCAUACACAGACACACACAAACAUACACAUAUGUACACACACAAACACACACACCCCCUUUAAAAAGUUGCAGUACUUGGUUGUUCCCUCACAGAUCGGGUACUGCACUCUAGGGGGAGGCAGAGAGCACAGCACACACUCCUUCCUUUGCUCUUACUGCGCUCAGCUAUUGAGCAGUCUGACGGCUCCCUGUGCCAAUGAAAGAUCCGUCCUGAGCUCCGAGCCUGCUCAGCAAGACUGCGCUGGGGGACACACUCGCCCCCACCAUAAUUUCCAGUCGCCAUUGGCGAGCAGGCGAGUGGAAAUUUCAAGGCCUGGUCUAAUA